UGCUUUUCUGGCACUGCCUCCUGAGCGAGCGAGGAGCGCGGUAGAGGGGACCCAAGAAGACAGCCCCCAGCCCAGGGGCCAGGCGCCCCCCUGCCGGCCACCACGGAGGAGAAGGAGGACAGCCACCCCUCCGGCCCUGGCCUGGCCCAGCGGGGGCAGUGUGCUCCUACCUGCCCCUGGCUUGGUACCAAGAGGGGCCCAGCGCAUGAGCAGCCCAGCCUGCUGACCGCCGCUCCCCGCCUGUCCAUCCUGCCACAGCCACACCAUGUCCGGCUCCUACGACGAGGCCUCUCUUGCUCCAGAGGAGACCACCGACAGCUUCUGGGAGGUGGGGAACUACAAGCGGACAGUGAAGCGCAUCGAUGACGGGCACCGCCUGUGCAAUGAUCUGAUGAACUGCGUGCAGGAGCGCGCCAAGAUCGAGAAGGCCUACGCGCAGCAGCUCACCGACUGGGCCAAGCGCUGGCGCCAGCUCAUCGAGAAAGGCCCACAGUAUGGCAGCCUGGAGCGGGCCUGGGGUGCCAUCAUGACGGAGGCGGACAAGGUGAGCGAGCUGCACCAGGAGGUGAAGAACAACCUGCUGAACGAGGACCUGGAGAAGGUCAAGAACUGGCAGAAGGAUGCCUAUCACAAGCAGAUCAUGGGCGGCUUCAAGGAGACCAAGGAGGCUGAAGAUGGCUUCCGCAAGGCCCAGAAGCCCUGGGCCAAGAAGAUGAAGGAGCUAGAGGCAGCCAAGAAGGCCUACCAUCUGGCCUGCAAAGAGGAGAAGCUGGCCGUGACACGGGAGAUGAAUAGCAAGACGGAGCAGUCCGUCACCCCCGAGCAGCAGAAGAAGCUGCAGGACAAAGUGGACAAGUGCAAGCAGGACGUGCAGAAGACGCAGGAGAAGUAUGAGAAGGUGCUGGAUGAAGUGGGCAAGACCACACCUCAGUACAUGGAGGGCAUGGAGCAGGUGUUUGAACAGUGCCAGCAAUUUGAGGAAAAGCGGUUGGUCUUCCUCAAGGAGGUGCUGCUGGACAUCAAACGUCACCUGAACCUAGCCGAGAACAGCAGCUAUGUCCAUGUGUACCGGGAGCUGGAGCAGGUCAUCCGGGGGGCCGACGCCCAGGACGACCUCCGAUGGUUCCGCAGCACCAGCGGCCCUGGCAUGCCCAUGAACUGGCCCCAGUUUGAGGAGUGGAACCCAGACCUCCCUCACGCCACCGCCAAGAAGGAGAAGCAGCCUAAGAAGGCAGAGGGGGUGGCGCUGACCAAUGCCACUGGGGUGUUGGAGUCCACAUCCCAGGCUGGCGACCGUGGCAGCGUUAGCAGCUAUGACAGGGGCCAGCCUUACGUCACUGAGUGGUCAGACGACGAGAGCGGGAACACAUUUGGGGGCAAUGAGGCCAAUGGGGGCGCCAACCCUUUCGAGGACGACGCCAAGGGGGUGCGUGUGCGGGCGCUCUACGACUACGACGGCCAGGAGCAGGACGAGCUCAGCUUCAAGGCUGGAGAUGAGCUCACCAAGCUGGGCGAGGAGGAUGAGCAGGGCUGGUGCCGCGGGCGGCUGGACAGCGGGCAGUUUGGCCUCUAUCCCGCCAACUACGUGGAGGCCAUCUAGCUGCCUGCUCCCCUCCACACACCCCUCACUCCCCCCCACCUCCCCUUCUUUCCCACUCUGUCACCCCCCCUUGCCAUAGAGUUCCAGACAUAUUUUACGAUCAAGCUUUUAUUUUUUUAAAAGUCAAAACAGAACAAAACAAAAAAUACGAAGAGAUGGAGCAUCUGCAGGGCCGCCAGGAGGCCCGGCUGGUGGGACUGGGUGACGGCCCCUGGGUAGGUGAGGGUCUCGGGCUUAGCCCAGCAGAGACAUCACAGUAUCCACGCUUCGAUCCCACCAGUCUCCUGAGCUCAGAGAUGUCUCCUGGACCCUUCUAACCGCGUCACUGCCCCUCCCCAGGCUGCCAGCACCUGUCCCGCCCUGCUUCCCCUGGCAGGUUUCUGACUCCUCCUCCCGCCCCACCCUCCUCCUUCCCCCACAAGGGGCUGCCCGGUGUUUAGUCUUCCGCUGUGCUCUGGGGAGUGCCCUGCCCGGUCUCACCCUCGGGACUGGUGGCCCUGGAGGAGGAAUGGUCACCUUCUCCCAGAGGUGUCCAGGUGUCCCCGUGAAGAGGUCCCGCUGCAGGUGGUGACAGUGUCACUGUGGUGUAGGCGUGAAGGGGGGCAGGCCCUCGGUCCUUCAGCACCAGGCUCAGCUGAGGGACCAGGACUCUGCUAGGGCCCUUCUUCCCAGCUGCCCAUCCUUCAGAGCCGCCCCCUUCGGCAUUUGCAGAGACACGAACCCCCAUCCCAAGUCCUAGGCAGGGGGGAGGGGCCCCAACGCCCAGGGCAAAGCCAGCAACAGUAGCAGCUUCCUCCCAUUUCCCGGGAGGAGGGCAUCUUGCUCACCCACCCUCCCUCCCUGCACACCCAUCUAAAGCCAGAGCCUCAUGGGUUCAGCCAGCCUUCAGACCGAGCCUUGGGGCCUCCCAUUCCGCUCCCCUUCUCUGGCCUGCCUGGGGAGACACCGCAGCCGUGGGAGCUUCCAGCCUGGGCCCCUCUGGGAAAGCCCGCAGCCAAUAGGAGAGGCAUGGGGUUGGCAGGAGGGAGGAGCCCUGGCCCAGGAGCAGGGCAGUCACGGAGUCUUUCUUCCUUGUCCUGUCCCCACAGUCACAGCCCUAGCCCGGAGCACCAUGCCCCUGCUGGCAGCUCCCGGCCCCACCUCUCCAAGCCGGGGUCUCAGCUUGAGGAGUUUGGGGUGGAGGAGCAGGGCCUGCCCAGAGCGGCUUUCCUGUGGCUGUGAAGGAAAGUGGUGCUGGGUUACGGGGGGUUACUACUUGGGAGUGAGGGCGGGUGCUUGGGAAGCAGGCCAAGGCAAGACAAGACCCCAAGAGGAGGGGCCUGGCUGGGCGGGAGUCUCCCAGAGCCGGGGGUGAGGCCUUGAGACUCCCUGCGGUACCAGGGGAGCCACUGGGCCUCAGGACUGCAGACCCCUCUCCGCUCCCAUAGCACCUGGCCCCCUGGGCCUCUAGGUGAAGACAGCGUGAGACCCCAGCCCCGCUGUCGCCCCUCAGCCUCCUGCUCCUCGCUUCUCCCCACAGCCCCCGUCAGGUCAGACCCCGGCCUCAAGCCUGGCCCUGUCCAUGUGAGCACAGAGGGUCUCAGCAGACUGGCCAGGGCCUGAGCUGGGGCAGGCCUCCCUCAGGGCCAGGGAGGGGGGUGGGGACAAUAGCACCCCUAGGGACAGGCACACUAGCCCCCCACAGCACCCCCUUUCUUGUCACUGCUCUCUGAGCCUCUGUUACAUCCUGAGGUGUGUCCUAGACCCCUCAGAGCCCGGAGCGAGAUUCCGGAAACCCUCAGCCCCCCCAACUCCAGAACAAAAGCCCCUCCGCCCCUCCAAGCAGGAGCUGGGGUGGGGGCCUCUGCCUUCACCACCUGCCCCUGGAAGUCAGGAAGCUGCCACCUUUGCACCAUGGGGCCUGGGCUCCCCCUCUCUGUGCCAGUAGCUUCCUAGCACCUGGGGAGGGGCGGUGCCCUGCUGUCCCCUCAGCACUCUAGCUGCCCACUCCCGGGCAGGGACUCAAAACCCCAUUCCUUCUGAGCAUUCGGUCCCAGGUUCCUCAGGCCUGGAGCGGAGCAUCUCACGUGGAAGACCCCCUGAGCUCCCGGGCCCGGACCCCCGGUCAGUGCUGGUGUCAGGGCCCUCAACUCCGCGUAGCGGCGGAGCCCCUCACUGUGCCCACCAACUCCUGUAGCUGCAGCGCCCGCCAUCGGGCUCAGCGAGUAACGUGUUUCAUCCCAAGUCAACCACGUCUCAGCCUGGCUCUGCAAGAGGCCGGGGCUGCCCUGCCACGUCUGCCACCCGGCUCCUGACUUCAUUAGUCCGACACUUGUGACACUCCGAGAAGUGCUGUGGUCUCAGCAAUGCACCUGUUUUGUACAUGAUUGUGUAAUUUAAAGGUAUAUAAAUAUAAAUUAUAUAUAUAAAUAUAUAAGCUGUGAUUGUAUGACUGUGGAUAAAACCAGAACUGUGUCAACCUGGC